AGAUGGAAGCACGUGUAGGUUUAAAUGUACGCAUUACUGUCAGUGAUUUAAAGUGGUGUUGUGAACAUUAUCGUCCAGUGAGUUUAUGAAUUUUGUGUUUGUCAAGAAAAAAAGUACUGCCUAGAGUCUGUGUAUCGUUCUUAUGCGAUUGUGGGCACGUAGCAAGUGACCGUUGGGCUAGACAGUUUUAGAAAGUUGUACUUUUCCAUGUGGGUAGAAAAAUCUCGAAAUAUCAGAAUAACAAGACCCCUUGAGAUAGUCGACGCAACAUUAUUUUAUCGGAAGUGAUGUAGAAUUCGAGAGACUUUUCUACAGUGGACAAUCAUUAAUUGUACAAAAAUACUAAUAACAUGGCGAAGGAAGUUUACGCCACAGCUGAGCCCGAGCUGAAAAAAGAAUUGAGCCAGAUCGCUCAGCAGAUCGUCGCACCCGGAAGAGGUAUUUUGGCCGCUGAUGAAUCCACCGCUACCAUUGGAAAACGUUUUACGGACAUCAAUGUUGAAAAUACUGAAGAAAACCGCAAAGCUUACAGACAGCUCCUAUUUACCGCCCCUAAGGAUGUGAUUAGCCAGCACGUUUCGGGAGUGAUCCUCUUCCACGAGACUCUCUACCAGAAAGCUGACGACGGUACUCCCUUCGUGAAACUCCUCCAAGAACGUAAUAUCCUUCCUGGAAUCAAGGUCGACAAAGGUGUGGUCCCUCUUUUCGGAACCCAGGACGAAUGCACCACCCAGGGUCUUGAUGACCUCCAGGCCCGAUGCGUUCAGUACAAGAAGGACGGAUGCCACUUUGCCAAAUGGAGGUGCGUUUUGAAGAUCACCAAGGACACACCCAGCAAACUUGCCAUCUUGGAAAACGCCAAUGUCCUUGCUCGUUAUGCCUCCAUCUGCCAAAGUGCAAGAAUCGUCCCGAUCGUCGAGCCUGAGAUCCUCCCCGACGGUGAUCACGAUCUUGCAAGAUGCCAACAAGUCACCGAAGAGGUCCUCGCCGCCGUCUACAAGGCGUUGUCUGACCAUAAAGUCUACCUCGAGGGAACACUUUUGAAACCCAACAUGGUGACACCCGGACAGAGCUGCCCGAAGAGAGCAAAGCCCGAGGAAAUCGCGGCUGCGACCGUCACAGCUCUUCUCCGUACUGUCCCACCAGCGGUUCCCGGAAUCACUUUCCUCAGCGGUGGACAGUCCGAGGAAGAGGCUUCCGUCAAUUUGGAUGCUAUCAACAAAUACCCGUUGAAGAAACCUUGGGCAUUGACUUUCAGUUAUGGCCGUGCUCUCCAGGCUUCCGUUCUCCGUGCUUGGGCUGGAAAGAAGGACCAAAUCGGUGCUGCUCAGGACGAACUUAUCAAGAGAGCCAAGGCGAAUGCUGCAGCUUGUCAGGGCAAAUAUGUCACUGGCAGCGUUUCUAGCAAAGCUGGCGAUGCUUCCCUCUUCGUCAAAUCACACGCCUACUAAAACUUACACCUUUUCUUUCUAUCGUUUUUUAUUUGACGCCAACAGCGAAUCGGCACUUGGAAAAUACGCUGGAGGUGUGACUGGAGCAGCAGGAGACGCAGCAUUGUUUGUCGCCAACCACGCGUACUAAUUUGUUAAUUCAAUCGCACAAAUUGUUACAAACAAAAAUCUAGAUGAAAUGCCUGUUGAAUCGGACAAAAUUUUUAUCCAGAAAUGUUCAAUUUCCAUUUACUGUUUUAAUUUUUUAAUCGUUUCCUCGCUCCUGUAUUUUACGUUUUAAACCUGAAAAAAUACGGGUCACGACGGAAUUUUAUUUGUUGAUCGGCGACGGGUCAACUAACAAUUGUUUAUUAAAAAAAGGAGCAAUUGUUGAUUUAGAAAGAAAGGAAUCAGAGGCGAUGAAAAUCCAAUCAUGGGCGAAUUUCGCGAGACUUUGCAAAUUUUAUCUGUCUUAAUUGUCAAUAUAAAUGAAUAAAUUAAUAUAUUUCUAGUAUACGUGUUAACAAUAUAUAUAUAUUUUUUCUCUGAAGCAAAAUAAAAUUAAUUCGUACGCACGCGCACGUGUACAACAAAAUUUGUGUUGUAAAUGGCAUAAUUGUGUAUAAUAAUUAAAAAAACGGAAGAUAAAUUCACAUGUUAAAUGAAUGUUGUUGAUUAGUCGACGAGUCGAUUAUUAUAUUAUGGUAAUGUUAAUGAAUUAUGUCAUACUUGUAUGUGAAUCUUGUAUUAGACAAUUAAGUAAUCGAUUAAAUAUCUCGUACAUCGAUUCUAUGUCUGAUAUUUUCAUUGGAACCUAGGUCACGAAAUAUACUGUGGAGGAGAA